UUUCCAUGGAUACCAUAAACUUAGCGCUUGCGGAGCCGUCCUGUAGCUUUACACGCAAACAAAAGCCGCAGUUAAAUCCACUAAUUGCGACAAUAAUAGCAUCUUGUGGAGGUGAGGAAAUGGAUAAACCUAAUUCGAGACUAGCAAUGCCUUGGAACUGGAAUAGUCAUGGAUUGCCAUUUCUACCAGGAUACACUUUUCGGGAUGUAACGAAGUCAGCCUUCCAUCGUCCCCAGACUCUGGAAUAUAAGAGUGGCUAUGCUCUGCCUCGUCGCCCCACCGUGGGCAUUGGGCAGGAUCCUCUUAUAUCAGAGCAGUUGACCCAGCAGGAGAUCAGUGACUUGUCCUUUGAGACAUCAGACAUUACUUAUGGCUCCCAUGACCACAGCCUAGCAGAAGACUUCAUCCCAGCUCAUGUGGCCCUUGACAAGAAGGUGCUGCGCUACUAUGCAUACUUUAAGGAAGGUAUCCUCUAUUCCCCUGAGGAGCAGUACCGUGUGCGCCCCGUGGUCAUUUACUACUUCCUUGAGGAUGACAGCAUGUGCAUCAUUGAGCCCAUGGUGGAGAAUUCUGGGAUACCACAGGGGAAACGGAUCAAACGCCAGCGUCUGCCCAAGAAUGAACGUGGAGAGCAUUACCAAUGGAAAGACCUCAACCUUGGCAUGGACCUGGACGUGUACGGGGUCAAGUACCGCAUCACACAGUGCGACAGUUUUACAAAGGAAUUCAUGGAAAGUGAGGGCAUUCUUCUGAGCGACCCUGAGUCGAUGCCUGUGGAUCCCUAUAGCAAACGCCGCAAAAACCCUAAGCCUUCCUACACAACACCCUCCGAAUUCGACCGCAUGCACCAGUUUCUCACCUUGGAUCGAAAGGUGCUGCAUUUCUUUGCCCUGUGGGACGAUGCCGACUCUCUGUACGGUGAGACCAGGCCUGUUACCAUCCAGUAUUUCCUGGUGGACGACACUGUGGAGAUCAGAGAGGUCCACGAACCCAACAGUGGCCGGGAUCCUUUCCCUGUCCUGAUGCGCAGACAGAAGCUGCCCAAGAAAAUCAAACCAGAGUCUGGCUCCUUUCCCAGCUGUGUGCUGGAGGUUUCGGCAGAGGAAGUGGAUGAGUACUACUCCCCCAAAGACUUCCAGGUAGGUCAAACGAUGACGCUGCUGGGCCGCCGCUUUCUGCUGUACGACUGUGAUGGCUUCACUAAGGAUUACUACCAGCAGAACCACCCUAACUUGGAGAUGAAACCCAUAGAGCUCCCAAAGAAGAGUGACAUGACUCAGGAGAAGAAGAAGGAGGUUCCUCCCUACAAUGGUUUUGGUUCACUUGAAGACUCUCUCCAGAAUUGUUUGUCUUUAAUUCCUAAGCCUCCCAAAAAGAACGUGCUAAAGAUGCUAGAAAACGACCACAACGUGUUGCGCUACAGUGCCAGGCUGGACUCCCAGAAUCCCGAAGAUGAGGUCCGACGUUUCAUACUGUCCUACUUCCUGUCCAAUGACAUGAUCAGUGUUUUUGAAAAGCCCACUCGCAACUCUGGCAUCAUUGGUGGCAAGUUCUUGGAAAAGACGCGCAUCCCCAAGCCGGGCUCUACAGUGGAAAAUCCUGUGUUCUACUCACCUGCAGACUUUGCUAUUGGAGCCACUGUGGAGGUUUUCGGCCACCGUUUUGUGUUGACUGAUGCUGACCACUAUGUGCUGACGUACAUGGAGUCCAACACAAGCCAGAUCCCUUCUCAGACACUGGAUUCUUUGCACCAGAAGCUGGGUGUGGGGACGGCCAAUAACCAGCCAGCCGGCCAAAAUGGUGAGGAUGUAGCAGAGCCAUCGUCAUGAUGUCAGGGAAGGCUGGAUUGUCUGAAAUCAGACCACAGUAGUAUGAAUCAAAGCCUUUAACGUAAUAAACAUUGGACCUGCAGCAGAAAAUAUGAUCUAUUGGACAGAAUCUGACAGUUUCUGGAAAAGUGUAUCAAAUACAAUGUUUUGUGUUGGUGUGGAUGACCUCAAAAUACCUUUUGUAUAUUGGGCAUAUACCAAGCGGUUGCCAAGGCUUACCCUAAAAUCGGCUUCAAAUCUAUUUCAAAAAGUAUAAAAUUGACUGGUACAUAUACAUACAUUUUAUCUUGAAAACUAUGUUAACUUAGCCACAUAAAUCAAAAAGAAUGUCAAACCAGGGACACAUUUACCAUGGUGCCGUUCAAAUUAAGCUAGAAAAGCCCCCACCAUGCUCAGUGCCACCCUUCGUUGAGCCCACCUGCACCACCUCAUUCAGAAUUGCCUUCAGAAAAGUCACUGUUUACUGUAUUAUGAAAGGACACUGAGAUGUAAAAAAUCUAUGUAAUUCUGCAUGCCUUUGUUGACGAAAGUGUAUUAAAUGAAAAUUGAGAAAAUGCAGAAAAAAAUCCCUGUAGUCACAAUACCACAGUCCACACCUUACUUCAGAAAAUUGCAUUAUUUAAUAAAGUAAUUAACAAAACAAUUAAAAGAAAAAGAAAAAAAACAUGGAAUGGCAUGCAGUAAUAUCCAACAUACAUACUUGAUGCUUAUCUGUUAAGUGACCAGUGACAAAUGUAGGAUUUUAAACAGACAUAAAUCAUUGGGGGGGAGCCCACGUGACCACUCGACCACUCUAUUGGCCAAAAUCCCUUCAUUGACACAGUAAAGAGAUUAUGUUAAGGCCAGCAUACAGUAAGCUCACACAUUUUUCUGCUCCAAUGGACCAGACAAGAAAACAAGCGAAGCCGGCUCAAUGGGAAGAGCUGAAAACAGCUGCAACAUCAGACAACACUACGACCAAUACAGUACUUAUGUAUGAGGAUAUGCAUCAACACAUUCAUUCAACACACACAGUAACGUGUGCUCUCACUUUACAUUUUAAUCUUUCUGUAUACAAUGGUGCUCCUUAGGGUGGGAUAGCAGGCUGCGUGGGUGUAUAAAAAAAUACUGAUAUGAUGAGUAAAUGUCUGUCGGGCUCGAGGGAUUUCCUUGGAUUUCAUUUUCCAGCAUUCAAGCCUAAGUCUGUAGUGACUGAGUCUCUGUAACAUCUCAGGACAUACUCAACAAGAAGCUUGGUGGCCAGUGGCCGCCAGCUUCCUUGUUGUGCUGAUGAGAAACCUUAGCCAGGGCUAAGGCCACUGUUCAGGCCAGUCAGUGUUUUGCCUUAUGGGGAUUUGAGUUUUUUGGUCCGAGGAGAGGCUCCGUUCUCAGCUUUAAGAACUCCGUUUUCAUGGUGACCAACUAGCAGGAGAGACAGAUGAGAUGAGAAGUCAGGAUGACGAGACAAAUCAAGAAGAAGGGAACUCGUUUUAAGUAAGGAAUCAAGUCACAUUCCCUGAAAAUGUGUUGUUUGAGCGUGUUGUUUAAAUACUCACGCGAGUCUCUCUUCAGUGGCCGUAGGGCUUGUUUUGUGGCAGCCUUCUUGCGAACAGCUUGUUCAUGUCUGAACUCCCUCCAGCGCCUCAGCUGGAAGCGGAUGAACUUCCAGAGUAGCCAAGAUUGGGUCAAACAUACCAGCAGUAGAACAGUCAUCCUGAAGGGGCCCAGAGGCAAGAUGAUUAGUGUAACUGUGUGUUUUGGAAAAUGGACCUGUCAAUGCAUGCCGAACUAAUAAAAUUACUUUUUGGCCCUGGUG